AUGUCAUCCGGUCUGACUCCAGUCUUCUCCAAAGACGCAUGUCCUCCUGCCGGGCCUUACAGCCAAGCCAUUAAAGCUGCAGGACAGGUCUUUGUCGCUGGUCAAAUCCCUGCCGACAGCAACGGCCAGCUUGUGACGGGCUCCAUCGCCGAGAAGACCGAGCAAUGCUGCAAGAAUCUUGAGGCAAUCCUGAAGGCAGCUGGAAGUGACAUCUCCAAGGUGGUCAGAUGUGGUGUCUUCCUCUCCGACAUGAAGCACUUUGCAGAGAUGAACGGCGAGUACGAGAAGUGGUUCACUCACAAGCCAGCGAGAACUUGUGUCGCCGUGCGAGAGUUGCCCAAGGGCGUCGACGUCGAGAUCGAGGCCAUCGCCAUCCAGUAA